UGACCACCUAUCGUCGUCUAGGUAACUUAUCCUUAACACAGCUAUGAACGCAUGCAUUCUUACCCCCGGUGUCCGCAAACCCCCACACACUCCUACCUUCACCUCCAACUCGUGGUCUACUCAGCUGUCCACGGGCCCACAGGCCUUCGGAAGGAUUGGCUUGCAUGUAUCGCCUCCCGGUGCGUGUGUUCAGGUGUCUCGGUCACGCAUUCCAUACUCAACUCUCGGAACAGACGCAGAUCUCACCAUGCUCAUGCAAGCCGACUGGGCGAACGUCAGCGCUCUCGACGAGCUCGCAAUCACCAUGCAUCCCGGCACUGCCUGCUCCGACGACGCCACAGUCGCCAUGGCGCGCUGCAUGAAGACAAUCGUCGCCUCGCUCGCCCCGACCCUGCGCAUCACAGCCAUCACGAUCUGCAACCCGCUCCCCGUGUCGGUCCUGCGCUACAGGGCCACGCACGACGUCUCCGGCCUGAUCGCUCAGCUGAGGCGCGUGCUGUACGGGCUGGACGCGGAGCUGAGCCGGCGCAUUGCCGGCGGCACCCUGCAGCGCGUCGUCUUCGCGUCGCACCCGAACGCCACGCCCAUCGCUGAGGACGAGAAGGCGCGCGUGCGCGAGUUCUUCCCCGCACUCGCCGCCUUCCAUGAUGUUAUUUGAUUAUACUUUCUACAUGUCUACGGUUCCUGAGACCCCCCUCCACUCGUUUCGCUCAUUUUUUCUGGAUGACCGCGCUCGCGUGCGAGCAACAUUCCAGGCUCUUCGUUUACUGGUGACACUUGCUUUAAUCACAACUAAUCAAUCGAUACACUGGAUGUAACAAAAAACUGCUUACCCACUCAACGAAUUUAAUUUUAUGGGACAAUUGGGGAUUGGGGCAGAAUUUGG